AUGCUAGCUGAGGGACAAAAGCCUUCUUUGUUCCCCUCUACGUUUUCAAAGGGUCAAAAGGAAAAUGAGAUUCUAGAUGUCUCGCUCAAAGGAAAUUCGGAGAAUGUACUUUCCAAGAUAUCCCAAAUUGCCUCCAUGAUCGGCAGAAAGAACACCACUGUGGUGGCAGUCACUGGGGCAGGUAUUUCUGUGAAUGCCGGAAUUCCUGUAAUUUAUGCUUCUUAUGGUUAG